GGAAGGGGUCUGAAUAAUGAAUCACUAGACGUAUUAUUUUUUCGCGCACUGGUGGGGCGAAGCGGUCGGCGAUUUCCUCGUCGGCCGUCGGUUUUGUCGGAUGGAGAAAGAGGAGUAAAGGUGAGGGGGGGAAGGACGAUGCGAUUGUAGUGGGCACUUUAUGUGGAUUUCGCUGUGCCAUCGACAUGGGAUCCAAUUCUCCACUUGCAGGUUGGUGAUUCUUUGGUUACUUUCUCCUCUCUUUUUUUUUCCCCGCUCAGGUGCUCCACCUCCAAAGCCCUGGGAAAGAGCUGGUGGUUCAUCAGGUCCUGGGCCAUUUAAGCCCCCAUCUUCUGGCAGCACUAGUGAUAUUGUUGAAGCAUCCGGAACUGCAAAACCUGGUGAAGUUGUUCCAACCAUUGACAGGAAUGUCACUACUACCAACAGUACUCUAACAAUGCCUGUUCCAGCAAGGCCAUGGCAAACCAAUGGGGCCAAUUAUGGAGGUUAUGGAUCAAGUAUAUACAAUUCGAGCUAUGGUUCUAACAUGUACAGCUCCUAUGGGGGUCUUGGAUCAUACGGCAGUCUUUAUGGUAACAAUAUGUACUCCAGCCAUGGGGGUUUGUAUGGAGGUUCUGGAAUGUAUGGAGGUGGCAUGUACAAUAGCGGUUUUGGACCUUUUGGUGGCCCUAUAGGCGGUUAUGGCAUGAGCAUGGGAGGUCCUUAUGGUAACCAAGAUCCAAAUAAUCCAUUUGGUUCCCCACCAUCCCCGCCAAGUUUCUGGAUGUCCCUUCUUCGUGUGAUGCAAGGCGUUGUGAGUUUCUUUGGUCGAGUUGCUAUACUCAUCGAUCAGAAUACUCAGGCCUUUCAUUUGUUCAUGACUGCUCUUCUCCAGCUUUUCGAUCGAUCUGGAAUGUUAUAUGGCGAGCUUGCGAGAUUUGUAUUCAGGAUACUGGGCUUCCGAACAAAGUCUAACAAACAUAAGCAACUGGGACAGGGCAAAUUGCUCGACCGUGCUGGCCAGAAUUUCCUCAAGGGCCCUAAGACUAGUGCUUCAUGGGAUAAUGUUUGGGCUGACAAUAAGAAGGGGCUUUCUUAGACAAACGCCAUGCGUCUGGAAGCGGAAUGGUGAAUAAUAAAACGGCAUGUUACUUUCCUUCUAAGACCUGCGCAAUAUUUCCCUUUGUAAGAAAGGAAUGACAGCAUAUGGUUGGAGCACCGUGUCACAGACGAAGUAAAACCUGCACCUUUCAGUUUGUCUUGGUUUAGUAAAUAAAAUAUUUAAUAUUUUGCUGUCGAUCGUCAAAUCAUGUUUAGCUUUUGAGAAAACAUCAAUUAAGUUAAUCAAGGACGAAAUGCUUUGAUCCAA